AUGUUGUUGACGACCAUACUAUGCGCCAUUGGGCGCUGCUUCUUACGUCUAGAUGCCGUUCUGGCAAUUCUAAGGGUCCUCGGAGCCUUUGGAAUGGUAUCCUGCCUUCUCAUUUUGGCAUUCUGUCAUCGAGCCUUUGGCAAAUACGUCCUUGCGCUCGUUGCGUUGAGCCCCCUGGUCCGCCUCAUCCAAACCAGCUGGGAGUUCAUGACUGGAGACUUUCCUUGGGACAACAAGGGUUAUUUCGUGAGCAGCAGAGAAGGAGAGUUUCUACCCUGGGUGGUCUUCUUCCAGCUGCUUGCCCUCGGGGUACUCGCCGUCUCUGGACGCGACUACAUACAGAGAAUUCUCCGUAAGCGACAGGAAGGUCAAAUCGAUGAUUUGGUGGAGAUCAUAAUGACGGACGCUCUGGAAGCUUCUGAAGAAACCUGGGAGAUGGUUGAGUAUACGGAAGGCUCUAUCGAGAAUGGCUGGGCGGGCAAGCGGCUCGCCUCCCACGGCAACAGUAUUACGACGAGGGCAGAGCUCGAGACUCGUCAAAGUUUUGGAGAACAGGAAGAAUCUCUCGAGGAGUUCUUUGGAUCCAUCUCUUGGGCCCACGGCUGCUCCGCCGCGGACCAGAAAGCCGAAAAGCUUACGAGAGAGAGGUCGAGCUCUCUGCCGCCCCCUUCUCACGAGUCCGAAGACGAGGUUGCUACCCCUAUGGCAGUCACACCGGGUUCACAACAAACAAGGUCGACAGACCUUGUCAACCACAAAAGCGAGCUCUCGAGCUCCCCGCCAAGAAAAUGGCUCCAACUCGACGAUAUGAUUUCGGGACCGCGCCUCGUUCAAGUCAAGCCGGGGCCUGGCUACGACGAUCUUCCCCCGCUCACGUAUGUGACGACUGACCCUGGGGUGGUCGACAGCAUCCCGCCCCUGGACGCGGCGACUCAAGCUCUGGCGUUGGAUGACUUGAGAGACCACGUCAGCAGCUCCUGUUCCUCGAGCCGGGCUAGCCGGUCGCCGUCUCCUGAGCGUGAGGAGAUUAUUGAGAAGGAUGAUUGGGAGACUGACGAUGAGGACCAGGUCACCGAGGAUGAAGACGAUGAGACCGAGAGUGAGCUGGAGUGGGUUCAGCGUGUGGAGACGAGAGAGCCGGGGAGAAUGGUUCGUCUCCUCAACGGUAAAUGUAUUCCGCACUCCAAGUGGAAAAAGAAGCAUAAGCAUGGGAGGAAGUCAAAUUGGGGCAUGGUAUUGAUUGUUUCCAUGCUGGUGGUGCUCCUGGCCUUGUUCGUGGCAUACAUAAUGAACCUUGCGUGGUGUGAGGGCAUAGCCGGAAGAACCUAG